CAAUCCCCACAACCAUCUUCAUACCCCUACACCCAGAUAUCUUACUCUUUCAUCCCUAGUCUGUUUAUAAUCCCCAUGAUCACACACAUGCAAGGUCACCGAGCCAUUUCAAAACGCCCUCUCUAUCCCCCAAGGCCCCCUCCAGGCAUUAAGCGGAAGCUUUGGGAAUGGAAAAUCAAAUUUGACUGCACCUUUGCUCUUUCUGUCAUGGGGCCUGGCGAACAAAUGGUAAUUGGCGCAACUUUUGCCAUCAUUGCCUUACUGGUGCUUGUUUAUGUCUAUAAUUACCUUCCCAGCCAGAUUUCCCACACCUCGCGGCGAUUAGCUUACUAUAUCCACGGAGACGAAAAAACUGCUCAUUUCAUGGAGGAGAUAGGAAGGAACAUUCUUCGCGGUUGGACUAUCAACAUGAAUGGAAAAGGAGAUCCGAUUCUCGCUUGAAAAGUGGAAAGCGAGGGAACAACGUCGGACAACACCACAAAGCACAGCGGUCGCCCAUCGAUAUAUUGUAGCAUAAACAUUUGGAAGUCCCCGGAGAAUCAUAAUACAUCAAUUAUAAUAUUAGUA